AUGCCCCUCCCCCGUACGUACCGGCGACCCCGCCCAUGGGUCGGCUCGUCGCCACCCGAGCAUCUACUAGAGUACCGGCAGCAUAUCUCGACAAGAACGUUUCAAACCGGCGCAGAUGUGCAUGAUCCGCGUCGCGCGAAGACACUGAAUCCACCGUCGAAGCUUGGGAUCGACUUGUACUCCAACACGACAAGCAGCGCACAAGCCCGGAUUUUGGCGUGGGACUGUCAGCUUACGCCAGUGGCUCGAAGCACACCGGUUUCCGGGACUUACACCACGAAGCGGUUGCUGUUGAAUGUCAAACGGUAG